AUGGCGCCGAUUGUCAUGUGGAUCGGGACUGGAAACAUAGGCAGAGGUGCUUGCAAGUCCCUCAUUUCUCAUGGCUCUCUGAGCUCCCCAUUAAUUCUCUACAAUCGCACCACACAAAAGUGCCAUGACCUCGCCGCAGAGCUUCCCCUUGACAGCACUGUGGUUUCCUCAUCGCUUCAAGAAGGCAUAUCACAAGCAGAUAUCAUCUUCUCGUGCCUAAGCAAUGACGCCGUGGUAGAAUCAACCUACCAAACCAUAGUCUCCGAAACCACAGCAGACAACGUCGACGGCCUCAGAGGCAAGCUUUUCAUCGGCACGGAGACCGUCCAUCCAGACACCGCAAACAAGACCGCAGACCUUCUGACCUCCCACGGCGCGGAGUUCAUCGCCUGUCCCGUCCUCGGCCCUCCACCAGCCGCCGCAGCCGGCCAGCUCAUCGCCUUGCCCUCGGGACCAGCGGACUCGAUCUCCCGCGCAAUGCCAUACCUGACCGGCGGGGAAGACUUCCUCUCCCAGCACGGCGGCCGCGGCGUCCUCUGCCGCGCCACGAUCGCCUUCCCGGACCAGGCGUGCGGGACAGGGCUCAAGAUGAAGAUCAUCGCCAACACCUUCACCCUCAACGCCGCGUGCCAGCUGGCAGAGGCAUUCACGCUGGCUGAGAAGUCGGGUGUGAACCCAGUAUUGGUGAAGGAAUUCGUCGACGUCUGUUUCGUGCGCUCCAGCUCGCCUGGGACGAACCCGUUCCACAUAUACAGCGAAAGGAUGCUCAGCGGAGACUAUUGGCGGAGGGGGCCCGCGGGUGGUGUGGCCUUGGGUGUGAAGGACUUAGGCCACGCGCUGUGCAUGGCGGAGGAGACUGGCGUGACGGUGCGGAAUCCGUCGGUGGCUCUGGGCUGGUGCAGGGACGUGUUGGAGAGGGACGGGGCUGGUGGUGGAGAGCUGCGUGGGGAUAUUGCUGGGAUGUAUGGCGCUGUGAGGGAAAGAGCGGGCUUGAGAUUCGAGAAUGGUACUUGA